AUGGGGAUUGAGGGAAGAAUAGCCUUGUUAGUGAGGAAAGAAAAGCCUGCUCGGAAUCGCGCGUGUGUCAAUGGGUCUUUUCGAAUCACUCGGAGUUUGAAGCAGCUCUUCUGUGGAUGUUCUGGAGCGCUGGCUGCGCUUUGGGUUGCCGGUGUUGAGCUUGGAGCGUUCGGUUGUUAUCAAUCGGGAGGCUUGGGAGAAGAGAUGUGA